AGGAUAUUCCAACUGCCAAGAGAGUAUGCUGAAGUCCUAGAUGUGAAAAUUAAGGCUUACUCACUUAGCCUGCUUUUACUGGAGGAGGAACCUUCCUCUAGAACGUUGUUUUCUUUGAGGUUUGUCUACGGGUAACUGCCAGCAAUAUUUGACUUUUGGUAGCUGAUAUAGCACAAAAUUGGCUUUUUACUGCAGGUCUGCAGUAAUUGGUAACAAACGUGAAAGAAACGCAUUUGAGCUUAGAGUUAGCAAUAUCUUAAGUAAAAAUAAACUGAGACCAAGCCAAGGUGUUUUUAAUCUCCUUAAUCAACUGCACUUUAGUUUUGCUGUUAAGGACUGUUUCUUCCUCAGUCCUGUGUUUCUCUGUGUUCGCUCACUGUCAUGUGGUAAAUGUUAAUUUAGCCUUUUUGUUAGAAUUGGUCUCUGUUUGGAACAGCAACCUCCAGGCCACAUCUCUGCCAGAGUUAAUGCAUGGGAAGUAGCAAAGGGUCUGCUGAUGACAUCAAAAAGAGCAAUGCUGGAUCAACUAGGCUAUCGGCACUGGACCCUCACUGUCUCUUAAGCUUGCGGUUUCUACAUUCAGUAUCAAACUAAUAAACCGGUCAAAAAUUUGACCAGUUCAAUGAGACUUGACCAGUUCUGAGAUUUCAGACUGUCAAGCAUGCUGUAAGUGGGUGUCUCCUUGCAGGGCGACAGCUUUUUUCUGUUAUCAAAUACCUGUCUGAUACAGCAACACAGGAGAAGGCUUCUAUACAUCUGGGAAAGCUCAGUAAAGAAUGCAGACAGCGUGAUCCAGGCAAAAAGUAGGCACAAGUCUGGAAAGUUUUUUUUUUUUGUGCUUUGUUCCCCAGCCUUGUUAACUGAAGGAUGAGUGUAUAAAGUGCUGGCUGUUUCCUGUAGCUGUUUGACCAAAAUACUAGAUGUGUUCACUUCCUCAGCAGUAUGAUGGGCUCGUAUAAGGGUCACCACAAUGGCUUCGCUCCCUGUAGGAAUUUAUGAGGUAAUAAGAGUCCUGGUGAUGGACUGAACUGGUUUGAGUUGUCUUGCUGUUAGACAGUGCUUUUUUCUUUUUUUGCCCUCUUUGAAAUACAGUUUUGCAAAACAGUAGUUUUGCAUUAAUUCUUUAAGCUGCUCGUGUGCUGAACUGAGGCCUUCACUAGAUGCUGCAAAGGAAAUUGAAAUGUAAUCCUUCAAUAUAAAAAAAAGAUUCUUAACCUGUUUCUUUUCUGUUUCUGACCAAGGUGCAGGUGUCCAUCUAGAAUGUCCAGACAUGUGCAACAGCUUAGAGACCAUGAUGUAAACCCAUGUGUAGCGGAAACGGACGCCUCUAGAAAAUGUAUGGAUGACAACAACUAUGACAAGAAUAAGUGUACUGAUUAUUUUUUGAAGUACAAAAGCUGCAGAAAAUUCUGGCAUGAUAUUAUGAUGCAAAGGAGAAGAAAUGGUGUGAAACCAGAGAUGCCCUUGGCAGAAGAGAGAAGGAAAAUGUUGGAAUCAAUAGGGAAGCCCUACUGACUACAAACUUGCAUUGUUUUACUGUUUUCACUGUACAUAUGAAGACUUGUCAGCAGCGAGCUUAUAGACUGGAUUUUACUGUUGCCAUUAUCUGGAAUUAAAAUAAGCUCUUAACUUUUGAAA